AUGAAGUCCUUCCCUAGUCAGGGGUCUCACUGGAACUCUAUGCCCACACCCGGGAUAGAUGAGAUCGACUCGGCAGAAGGGGCAAGUGCCCUGAUACUCGAACCACCCUUCAAGGCACUGCAAGCAAGCAGCAUGACCACAUGGCAUUAG